UUUCUUAUUGGAUGACAUUGUUGGAUGGAUCUUUUUUCGAGCGGCGGCUUCAUUCGUGAAACAUCUCGCAAAUUAAUAAAGACAGACAAUUAUCAAAGUGUUGUAAAAAAGUGUUUCGAUACCAGUUCAAUUAAUUAAAACAUUAUUCAUUAACUACUUGCCAUUGGACGCUCAGAGCUAAACGUCGACCUUCUCUCUCUCUCCCCGUUACGACGACAACGGUUCUCUCUUCCUCAAUAUAUUUCCCCCUUUUUAUAUUGUUUUAUCUCCUUCUACCCCACACAUAUACCCCCAACGAUUCAACCUUACAUACAUAUUACGCUCAUCUAACCGAAAAACAACAACACAACAACGAAUACGCAAUCAUAAGAAACAACAAAAACAGAAAGUGAAUUGAUGUUGGUCCUGAUAUCAGUGUCAAAUUGAAGUCUACAAAUAAAAAAAAAACAACAAAAGUGCUAAAUCAGUGAAUUCCUUACAGUUUCAUAUACAAGAAAAACAGCAAAAAAAAUUAUUCUUCAAACGAAAUUCUCUUUGCGAAAAAAGCAAAGUAUAGUGCUUGGAUACAAAGCGGCUCGGCAGGCAACAACAACAGAAUCGAAUAAAAGCCAACAAACUGUGCAGCAAGAGUACAACAAAUUAAGCCAAAAUGCUGAUUAAGGAAUUCCGAGUCACUUUGCCAUUAACUGUUGAUGAGUAUCAAGUUGCACAACUUUAUUCCGUUGCGGAGGCUUCGAAAAAUGAAACGGGAGGAGGCGAAGGUAUUGAAGUAUUAAAGAAUGAACCCUUUACCGAUCAUCCAUUGUUGGGUGGCAAAUAUAGUUCCGGUCAGUAUACAUAUAAAAUCUAUCACUUGGCAUCCAAAGUUCCAGCAUUUAUAAGACUAUUGGCGCCCAAAGGAUCCCUGGAAAUUCACGAAGAGGCUUGGAAUGCUUAUCCUUAUUGUAAAACAGUAAUUACGAAUCCAAAGUUUAUGAAAGAUAAUUUCAAAGUUAUCAUAGAUUCUCUGCAUUUAGCCGAUGGAGGAGAUUCUGAUAAUGUACACCAACUGCCCCCCGAGAAACUAAAACAACGUGAAGUUGUUCACAUUGAUAUUGCCAAUGAUCCCGUGACGCCCGCAGAUUAUAAAGAUGAUGAGGAUCCCAUUAAAUUCAAAUCAGAAAAAACUGGCCGUGGUCCACUGGUUGGGGCCGACUGGAAGAAGAAAGUGGAUCCUGUGAUGACUUGCUACAAAUUGGUUACUUGUGAAUUUAAAUGGUUCGGUCUUCAAUCAAGAAUAGAAAAUUUCAUUCAAAAAUCGGAACGACGAUUAUUUACAAACUUCCAUCGCCAAGUAUUCUGUUGGAUGGAUCGCUGGCACGGUCUGACAAUGGAAGAUAUUCGUGCUAUUGAAGACAAGGUCAAGGAGGAGCUCGAUAAACAACGUCAAGAAGGUGAAGUGCGUGGCACUAGGGCCGAUAGUGAUUAGGAACAAUAUUAAUAAUAUAAAUGUCGUCUUAAUAACAACAACAAAAAAAUCCCAUAUAAAUAUAUAUAUAUAAACGAAAAGUAAAAGAAAAACAAAAAAGAAGCAGCAACAAUUAAAAACAAAAAGAAAGAAGGAAAACCAAUUGCAACAAAAUCCAAAAUUUUGAAGAAAAAAACAUGCCACACUUAUAAAAAUAAAACAAAAAACCACAAACAACAGUCAACAAAUAAACAAUAGCAAUAUUACCAAAAAUAAAACAAAAGAAAAACAAUUUUUGAGAAGAGAUUUUAGAGAAUUUUGUCACCCAACAUAUAUAUAUAUAUAUAUAUAUACAAACAAUAUAAGGCACCGAAAACUGCUCCAACUCAUCACCAAUAUGCAAAAUCAACCAAACAAACAACCAACCAGUACCCAAACCAGUACUCUUCCAAACAAAACACCUACACCUACACCAACAGCAGCAGCAAUAACUUCAAAAAAAAAAACCUUCUUAACUCACAACAACAACACACUGCUAUCUAUUCCUAUUUACCAAACCGCAAAAAAAAUACUAUUUUUGUUUUGUUUCUAGUAUUCUUCCAUCCAAUUUUAAUUAAUCAAAGAACAACAACAUAGAGGAAAUAAUCCUAAAAACCAAUACUUUGUCGCAUGGCUCUCUUUUUUUUUUUUGAAAUGGAAAAAGUUUGUUUUGUCUGAAUGAUUAUGUGGAUCAUUGAAGAUUACUAUUUUAUAAUUAUAAAUUAUUAAUAAUAUUAUGGCUUAAAUCUUGUGUCUUACACAUAUUAAUAAAGUUUUUUUAUUGUAUUUUUUCCAAUUUUAGUUGUUUUUUUUUUUUGUAAAUGUUGAUUUAAUAAUUCCGAGUUUUAUUUUGUACUACAACAACAAACAGAGAACAGCAAGAAACUUUUUUUGUUUGUAUAGGAAAACAAUUUAAGAAAAACAAAAACCAACUAAUUAACGUAUAUAUUGUAUUUAAACACCAAUGUUGAAAUAAAUAGCAAUAGUUUAAGUUAAUGAAUACUUAACCCUUUACCCAAAACAACCACACAGCAACUUACACACUCAAACACAUACACAUACAUACUACAAUACAAGUAACUAAAUAUACAAAAAGCAUAGAAAAUAUAUUUACAAAAACAAAUUGCAAGAAGAGAAAAUUAUUAUUCAAAUAAAGAAGAGAAACAUUUAAACAUUUUGUUGAGCCUAAGAGUAUGCAACUUAAUUUAGACAAACACUAUUAACGCUACUACUACUCCACAAACACAUUCUCACACAUACACACCUAUCUACCUAAUUCUAGACACGGUAAACGAUUUAUAAAUGUAUGCUUGUGUACAAAUCAUAGUGAUGGGUACAUUAUUAUUAUUAUCUAAUUAUAAAUGAUAACUAUAAUUUUGUGGAAAAGAAAACAGAAUAAAGAUUUAGUUAAAACAAA